AGACAGCACCUGCAAUGGCAAGUAAGAGCUUUGCUUUUGGUUUCUGUCUCUCUCCAGAGUGCUGGGGAGAUGACCCAGCUCCAUUAUUCUAUUCCCGAGGAGCUUGCUCCUGGGGCCUUUGUGGGGGAUGUGGCUAAAGAUUUGGGUCUGGAGGCUCCCCAGGUGGUCUCCCGACAGCUGCAGAUCAUGGCUGGCUCUGCUGAAAAGUACUUCGAAGCGAAGGCUCAGAGCGGUCUCUUGGUAGUGAAAGAGCGGCUGGACCGAGAGCAGCUUUGCGGGCCCAUGUUGCACUGUCUGUUGUAUCUGGAGCUCAUGCUUGUAAACCCAACAGCCUCCCACCGUGUGGAAGUAGAGAUCCUGGAUGUGAAUGACAAUGAUCCUGUUUUCCUUACCACUCUCACCCAUUUGGAGAUUGCAGAGUCUGCAAUGCCAGGGGCCCGCUUCCCCCUGGAGAGUGCGGAAGAUUUAGACAUUGGUACGAAUUCAAUUAGCACCUACCAUUUGAAUCCACGUGGACAAUUCAGCCUGAACAUCAAGUCUAAUAAAGGCAGCAGCAAACCUGAACUGAUUUUAGAGAAGGCACUGGAUAGAGAGCAACAGCAGCUUCACCAUUUGGUGCUGACAGCCCUGGAUGGAGGAGUUCCUGCGAAAUCUGGAACUACUAAGAUUGUAGUGUCAGUUAUAGAUGCCAAUGACAACCCACCUGUCUUUAAUCAGUCAGUGUACAAAGUUAGCCUACUAGAAAAUGCCCCUGUGGGAGCACUGGUGGUACAUUUGUAUGCUACAGACAAGGAUGAAGGUCCAAAUGGGAAAGUUUCUUAUUCCUUCAGCAGCCACACUCCACAGAAGGUCAAGAGAAUUUUCAGCCUUGGUGAAGAAACCGGGGAGAUAAGAGUCAUGGGAAGCGUGGACUAUGAAGAUGAAACUUCUUAUGAAAUCGAUGUGAGAGCCAGAGACCAAGGAUCGCCUUCCAUGGAUACACACUGCAACAUCUUAGUGGAGAUAGCAGAUGUGAAUGAUAAUGCACCACUAAUUAGGUUUACUUCCCUCACUACUACCAUACCAGAAGAUGCUCCUCCGGGUACCACAGCAGGACUCUUCAGAGUCAGUGAUGGUGAUUCUGGGCAAAAUGGGGAAGUACAGCUUCAUCUUCCUGCAGACAUCCCCUUCCAGAUUGUACCUUCUUUUAAGAACCACUAUUCUUUGAUCACUCGUGGCCCUCUGGAUCGGGAGGAAUUUUCACAGUAUAAGGUUACAAUCACAGCCACAGAUGCUGGUUCUCCACCUCUUUCAAGCCAGAGCAAUUUCCUUGUAAACAUAUCUGAUCUUAAUGAUAACCCACCGCGCUUCUCACAGUCGGCAUACCAGACCCUUGUACCCGAGAACAACCCUCUAGGGAUGCCAGUCAUUUCUGUAUCUGCCUUUGACCCUGAUCUGGGCCAGAACUCACAGCUUUCUUACUUUUUGGUGGACCACUUUAUAAAUGGAAUGCCCAUUUCCUCCUACGUCUAUGUCAUGGACAAUGGCACCAUCUACAGUGGCUGUUCAUUUGACUAUGAACAAACCCAACAACUGGUUUUCCAGAUCCAAGCUAAGGACAGCGGUAACCCUCCCCUUAGCACCAAUGUGACUAUCUACAUCUUCAUCAUAGACCAGAAUGAUAAUACUCCUCUUAUUAUCUACCCUGUGACCAAGAAGGGGGUCCUUGUCCAGCAGCCAGUACCUUUUUCUGCACAAGAAGGUUACUUAGUAACCAAAGUCACAGCUGUGGAUGCAGAUUCUGGACAGAAUGCAUGGGUUUCUUAUAAGCUGCAACAAGCCACAGACCGAAAGCUUUUCAAAAUCUCAGCAUAUACCGGAGAGAUCCGAACUCUCCGAGCUCUUCUGGAACAAGAUGCCCUUUCCCAAGAGCUUGUUGUUGAAGUCUUGGAUAAUGGGAUACCACCCCUGUCUGCCACAGUCACUCUGAUUCUUAAUCUAGAGCCUGAGCAUGAAUUGGUCAUGGAAGAUCUCAGAAAGUCCAGCAUGGAACAGGAUGGUCUGUCCCACCUGACUUUGCAUCUCAUUAUUGCUCUGAUCAUAAUCUCAGCACUUUCUACUUUGGCUUUUAUAUUUUUAGCUGUGAAAUGUCUUAAAAGACUGAGAGCACGACACUCAGCUGUUGCUUGGAACAGUGACCUGAAGGGAAGAAACCCCAUGCCAUUGGAAGGACAAUUUGACACUUUUUCAAUACACUUGAGCCCAGAGGAAAAAAUUGAGUUUCCUACAGCAUUCAUUGGGGGAGAUAUUGUUUCUCCUUUAACUCUCCUGAGACCUGGUCAGACUCGCUUUUCAGAAGGGAGAAACUUCAGGAUUGCAAAUCCAGUUACUCAACAGGAUAUCAACAACACAGAUACUCUUCUGGCCAGCAGUCUUUCCCAAGAGCUAAAUGAGGUGAGACAUAAAAUACGAUUCUGUAAGCACUUAAUGUAGCACUCUUUGAUGCCAGCUCUGGUGAUGGCAGUGGUGGCCAUAUUACGCAGGUUUUGUA